AUGUCAGCUGUUCCUUGGAAGCAGGAGAUCAACUUCGGGAGUGCACUGCUGCUGCAUUCUUGUAUCACUGUCUUUCUCAAGGAGAUCAGCAAUGGCUUCGCAGUACUUUACCAUCUCUCAAUCCGUCAUAGGGACAAGGCUGGAACCAAGACAUCUAUCGUGCUCGAUGGCUACACUUCCGUCUUUUCGAAAGAUCACGAUGGUGAGCUUGCAGAGCUGUACUUCACCAACACUGGAUUCAUUCUCUUGAUCGUCUCGCUCGCCUGUGCUAUCGCGAUGAACCUACUUCUACCAGCCACUGUACUCAACACUCUUAUCGCAGCGACAUUCGGCUUGACAUUUUUCGCAUCAACAUUGGUGGCUUGCCGAGAGAGAAGCCUAGUGAUGCCGAUCAUGGCAUUGAGAAGGGCUGGUCGAUUCAUCUGGUCCGAUACUCCGUUCGUGAACUUCUUCACGUUGAUCUAUGUCGCAGUGGUCUUGAAGGGUUCAUCCGAUAGGAUAGUACUCAGAGACUACGUGGUGUUUCGGUCUAUUGCCAUCCUUGAGUUGGUGUUUAUGAAGGCGAGAAUCGCAGCGGCUUCUGUAGAUAUACAGCAGACGAUGUUGGAACGACUUCUCAACAGUGAGUAUGUCAUGGUCAGAGGCAAAGCCUUUUCAAAUCCACGAACUGCACCGCCCUUGCUCGAGCGUGAUCGCAUCGUCUCCUUCUCCAGCUCACAGCGUCUCUCCGUCAUGCUCUACAAAACGACUAUCGGCUAUGCCGAUGGUUCACUCUGUGGCGCUUCCGGCCCUGCCGCCAUCACAGUCCCGAAGAAUUCGGGAUUCUACAUCGACGAGGCUGAGGAGCGUGGCUGGCGCAUCUACCGGGUCUCGCCUUCUCUCAUUGUCAUUGAGGACUGUGUUCAAGUGAUGAUCACAAAGUUGCGCGAGAGAGCGCCAACGAAAGAAAGACGAGGUUUGGUGUUGCUCUUCACUCGGUUCAUAGCAUGGACUCAUGGGGUACUGCUGCGACGGUUGGGUAGGCGCAGAGUAGUCUGGUUAUCGAGAACGAACGGACAUGGGUCUAAAGAGGAUUACUGGAGAGGAAAUGCUAAUCUUGUGACGGGCUUGAAGGAAAGCUGGUUGCACAACCGACAAAAGUUCAAGUGCUUAGACCCUGUAGAGAACGAUUCGCUGAUAAGCUACGAGAUAAUACGUUGA